AUGCCCAAUGUACGUAUUUUGCACCCCUCGGAUCCCCCAUCAGCACCUUCAAUGAAAACACUACAAAGAACCAUUGUGGAUACCGAACUGCAAGCCAGAAAUGGCGAUUUGAAUCCCCAAGAUCCUGAAUCAUGGGCGGACAUUCUGAACACGACGGAGAUACCACCAGCCUGUCCUCAGACCAGUUGGCAUUACGUCAGCGACCACGUGCCAGACUUCAGCUACCAUGACGAGAACUGCCUGUAUUUGAACAUCUUUGUCCCUCGGACACCCGGUGCUACUGUGAACGACCUGGCUGUGUUGGUGUACGUGCAUGGCGGUUCUAACGAGCAGGGAAUGGCUGCCAUGUUUCAUGGAGACGUCUUGGCGGCGUUAGGCAUCAUCGUCGUUGUAGCAGUCAACUACAGACUCGGACCGUUUGGAUUCCUGACCGGGCAGAAUGCGGAUUUCCCUGGUAAUUAUGGUCUAUUGGAUCAAAGUUUUGCUCUUCAGUGGGUUCAAAAGAACAUCCGUUUCUUUGAUGGCAAUCCAGCCAAGGUCACGGUUCAAGGACAUAGUGCUGGUAGUUCGGAUGUUGGUUUACACAUAUUUUCACCAAAAUCAAAAGGUACGAACUUGUCUGUUUCGCUACGUCAUCAUGCAGAGUGGUGUUCCAGCAGCCAGCUUCGCGAUCGCCGUCCACCACGGAAAUCGGAAACGUCCCUGACAAUAUUUGCCGAACAUUAUGGCUGUUCAAUCUCCGACAAGAAGCGCAUUAAGCAGUGUCUGAAAAACAUUGACUGGGAAACCAUCAUCAGCGAUAACCACAUAAUUCACCGGACCUCCAAUCCACCUUAUCGUUUAGUCGAUUAUAUGCCUGUGGUUGACCAUGUUUUCAUCAGUGACAUGCCAGAAAACCUGAUAGACAAGUGGCCGCUAAACGGGGACGCCUUCAUGACUGGCGUCACCAAGGACGAAUGUUCAUCAUGGGUCAAAGUCGAUGUCACCGAAUUAACGGUAAAUAAAGUGAAAAGAGGAAUUUUUGAAGGGGUAGUUCCAGAGUUUUCUCCAGAAUUAAUCGAUUUAGUUUUAAAAGUAUAUAAACCUUGGUCUGAUCCAACAAACGAAACUGCAAACAUCGUGGUUUGUCCUAUUUUGUUUCCGAUCAUGAGUGACUCUUUAUUUGUUGCGCCAGCUGUAGACUUCGCCAGUCGGAUUUCUAAGAGAAACAGAAAUACUUAUUUUUACAUAUUCGAGUACCAGUCGCCGGUUUCUCCACCGCCAUCUUGGUUAGGAGUCCCUCACGGGCGCGACCUCUUCUACCUGUUCGGCUGUCCGUUCACGGGACACCCUCUUUACAACUACACCGACGACGACCGCCGUGUCAGUCGCAUCGUCAUCGACAUGUGGAGCAAUUUCAUUAAACAUGGGAGGACCGCCACUCUCCUAGGAGAUCCGAAACACGAGUUUAUGCCUCCUGUAUCGCCUGGGGAGGACCGCCACUCUCCUAGGAGAUCCGAAACACGAGUUUAUGCCUCCUGUAUCGCCUGGGGGAGGACCGCCACUCUCCUAGGAGAUCCGAAACACGAGUUUAUGCCUCAUGUAUCGCCUGGGGGAGGACCGCCACUCUCCUAG